AUGCACCACGACACCUCAUCCAGCCGGAGAAAAGGCGCCAAUCCGCGUCGCCGACCCCAGGAGCCGGCGUCGCCCCAGCCGGGCCCCUCCGCACCUGGGCGCUCCCCUCGCCCGGGACGCUCGCCCAGGGUUCGGCGCUUUCGCCCUGGGACUAAGGCUUUGAUGGAGAUCCGCAAGUAUCAGAAGAGCACCGAGCUCCUCUUGCGAAAGGCGCCCUUCUCUCGCCUGGUACGUGAGGUGUGCCAAACUAUCAACAGAAGUGAGCUCAGGUGGCAGGUCUUCGCCCUGAUGGCGCUCCAGGAGGCGGCCGAGGCCUUCUUGGUGAUGCUGUUCGGAGACGCCAACUUGUGCGCCAUCCACGCCAAGCGGGUCACCUUGUUUCCCCGUGACCUCCAAUUGGCCCAAAGGAUCCGCGGGCCCAAUGCAAUCUGA